AUGAGUGUAUCCGUAAAUAGUGACCCUGCAGUUUUUUCAAGACUUCAGCUAGCGAAAGCGUUAAAAGAAGAUUCAGAAAAUAGUGCAAUCUUUGUUCAUAAUCGUCCAAAACAAGAUGAUUACGAUAAUAUUACUCAACAACCUCAACAAUCUCCUCAUCCUCAAAGAAAGAGAGCUUCAUCUUAUACUUCGCCUUCAUUAAAUGAGAAUCCAAGAGAUAGUAUGGUUGCGCCCGAAGAAAGACGUGGUAGUUUAAAUAGUUUAGGAAAACCGACUACAUUAAUGGAUGUUAGACAAACUAUAUUAAAUACUAGACAAAAUCAUAUGGUAUCGUCUUUCUCGCCAUCUUCUAGUCAUAGGACUUCUUUAAUACUUCAACAGCCCAAAUCCCUGCCUGAUGUGCAUGUCGCAAAAACUCAUUCAAAAUCAAAUAAUUUAUCAAAUUCUCGUCCAUCAUCUGUUCACAAUAACGCUCCAUUACGAUCAAAUCCCACAGCUAAUAACUCAUCUCGACCAUCAUCUUCUUAUGUUAAUAUACAAUCUCGACCAAAUUCUGUAGCAACAAAUCAAUCUCGACCAUCUUCUUCAUAUACUAAUUCACCUUCCAGACCAUCUUCAUUAGAUGAAAGUUCUGAUGAUGUACCCCUUGCACUCAAAAUCAAACCAGUAAUUAAAGUUGCAUCUCCCAAUGGUCCUACAAAGAAAAAUGGUGAAAGAAUCGAAGAAUGGCUUAAUAAUGUAUCGAGUGAUGAUGGAUUUUUAAAUCCUGAUCCAACUUAUAAUGUACGUGGUCAUAGACUAUCCGAUUAUACACCAAAUCAAACAUUUAGUGCAAGUCCACUUGGUAGAGGAUCAAUUGAUCAUCGCCGUCAUCGUUCUAGUACAUUUGAUUCUCAUCCCCAAAAAUCUUUAUCCCCCCAGAAUUUUCGACGGAAGAGUCAUACAGAUUUAUCCCCACAUCGUAAAAAUGAUCUACUCAGUUCACCACAAUUAGUGACGGGUCGUAUAUCACCUAAUCAACGACAAGAUUCUGGGAAUUGGGCGCGUGAAACGUUAGCUGCAUUAUCAAGUGAUGCACGUCAUCAAAUGUUAAUGAAUGAUUCAUCAAGUGGGACUACAACAAGUACAUCAAGUUCUGCAAACAUAGCGCCCCGUGAAAGAAAAAAUAGUUCUUCUAGUUUAAACAUAGCAUAUCAUCGUGAAAGAAAAGAUAGUGCCUCUAGUUUAAACAUAGUGUACCGUGAAAGAAAAGAUAGUGCUACUAGUUUAAACAAAACUCGUCAUAAUAGAAAUCAAAGUAGUAGCUCAUAUGGAAGUCUACAUUCCCCACAUUCCCCGUAUUCUCCUAAAAUGAGUUCUGGACAUUUCCCUCCACAAUCUCCACAACCUUACGUCAAAAGUAAACAUCGUGAUUCAUUACAUCCUCAUUCAUCAAUUAAUAUGAAUUAUGGGCAUAUACCCACUUCUGAAGGUGGUAGAAAUAACCAUGGACAUUACACUAGUGAAUCGAAUAGAAGAGCUUCUAGUGAUCGUGGUAACCCUGGAACUAAAUCUAAAUCUAGUUCUGGGUCCAAUCCUCAAAAAUACAGAGUUCGUUGA